CGCCUCCCGUCGCCCCGCCGCCCGAGCUCGACUUCGCCUCCGCCCGAGCCCGACUCGAUGGAGAUGGACAUGGAUUCGAUGUCAGAUUUUUCCGAUUGGUCGUCUUCGGACGAUUCGGACAUCGAGGAGCUGCUACAAGACGAUGACAUGGAGAUGAUGGUCGCCAUUCUCGCCGUGAAAGAUCUUGAGGACCGCAAGAAGCUGCUGGAUCAGAGGAAGGGGUCGCAGAUAGGGCGCCUUUGCAUCGAGAGGAACCGCGCACUCGACCACGAGCAACUCAUGCAAGACUACUUUGCAGAGGUACCGACAUACCCACAUCGCGUCUUCCGUAGAAGGUACCGCAUGCGUCGUACUUUGUUUGAGAGAAUCGUCAAAGAUUGCGAGGCCAACUCGCAUUAUUUCACGCGUCGUAGAAAUGCUGACGGCGCCAUGGGAUUUAGUGCAUACCAGAAGAUAUCGGCUGCAAUGCGGGUGCUCGCCUAUGGCAUACCCGCGGACUACUGUGACGAGUAUCUUCGCAUUGGCCAAGAUACUACCACCGAGUCCGUGCGUAGGUUUGCCAAGAUGGUCAUCCGGUUGUAUGGUGAUUGGUAUCUUCGGGCUCCCAAUGAGGAAGAUACAAAGAGGUUGAUGGAGAUAAAUGAAAAAAGGGGAUGGCCGGGCAUGCUUGGUAGUCUAGAUUGCAUGCACUGGAAAUAGAAAAAUUGCCCAAAGGCAUGGCAUGGAAUGUAUUGCGGGAAAAGCAAUGAUCCUACCAUUGUGCUUGAGGCCGUGGCAUCGCAAGACUUAUGGAUUUGGCAUGCAUAUUUUGGUUUGCCGGGAACACUCAAUGACAUCAAUGUGCUUCAAAGGCCCCCUUUAUUUGCAAGACUAGCUUCAGGUGAUGCUCCAACUUGCAAUUACAAGGUCAUGGACAAUGAGUACACAAUGGGAUACUAUCUCACCAAUGGCAUUUAUCCUGAGUGGGCAACACUUGUCAAGUCCAUUAAAGAGAAGAGAGGGAUGCCCUUACCCCAAAAAGAAGCUAAUUUCACGAGGGCACAAGAAUCAGCCCGCAAAGACAUUGAGAGAGCUUUUGGUGUUUUGCAAGCAAGAUUUGCCAUUGUUCGGGGUCCAACUCGUUUUUGGGACAAGAAAACCCUUGUGAACAUCAUGAAGUGUUGUGUCAUUCUACACAACAUGAUACUCGAGGAUGGGAGGGGGUUAAACUUGCCAUGUUUCUAUGACAAUGUUGGUACCCGAGUGCAACCGGAGAGGAACCCCGAUCGCAUUCAAGCUUUCCUUCAAACACGUCGGAAAUUGAAAAUGCCAACACUCAUACCCAGCUCCGCAAUGAUCUGGUCGAGCACCACUGGCAGCUGCUUGGCCGUCGCCAAUGAUGGACUAUUUGAUUCAAACAUGUCCUAUUUGAUUCCAUGUCUAUUUGUGAUACAAACAUUGUUGUAAGGGAUCUUUGUUUUACUUUUCUAUGUACUAUUUGAUUCAAACAUUGUUGUACUAAGUAGAAUGAUUGUUGUGAGCUUGAAACAAUUAUUUGAUGUUGUAAUCAUAACUAGAAUAAUUAUUUGUUGUUGAUUAUUGUUAUGUUUGUUGUAUGGAAUUUUGUUGAAAUAGUUGUUGU